AUGGUUUACAGUAUUCGUGCAACUGCCGCUGCUGUAGUGCUGCUUGCAAGAUGCAGCUCUGCAUCAAUUCUUGAAUUUCCAGUUACGUUUCGCAAUACCUAUGCUUGCGUGGAUAUUCUCGUUGGCACGCCACCCCAGAAUCACAUUCUUGUCUUUGACACAGGUAGUGCCACUUCUUGGAUAGCGGACAAAACAUGUGCCAACGGAGGAUGUGACAACUUUAGCGGCUAUCCCUGGAAGGGAUAUGAUGCAAAUAGCUCCGUGACCUCGAAAGACCUGGGUAUCUACGACUCGAUCGAUUAUCUUGGUGGUGGAACGGGCGGAGAGGCUUACAGCGAUAAGUUCUCCAAAGAUGGUUUAACUUGGACGCAGACUUUCAUCUCUGCUAACCAGACCUCGAUGGGUUUUAUAGCAGGAGAGGGAUUCUUGGGGUUGGCUUUCUCAUCAAUUGCUGAGCAAGCCACAAAAACAGUAAUGGAGACUUUGAUGCAGGAUGGCCUCGUAGACAACCCCAGGUUCGGUCUCUAUUACGGUACGGAGUUUAAUGAUACUCAUGGUCACCCUGGCAAGGGUUUACUUACUCUCGGGGGCUCUCAUGAGAGCAAAUACGUGGAUGGCGACAUCACCUGGGUUCCCGGAAAGAAAGACAACGGAGUAUACGAGCUCUGGCGGUCAAACCUGAAGACAUUUUACGGACAGCGCAAGGAUAACAACGGCAAUCCCCAAACCAACGGAUCUCUCCAGUAUGAGCUCGGCGCGGCGAAUGGCGUGUUUGACACUGGAGCUGGACUCAUCUACGUGCCAGAUGACACCAUUGACACCAUUUAUGAUUCUAUCGGAUGGAACUAUACGGCUCUUUUACACGGCGACUAUAUCCCAUCCUGCACCGAUUUCAACUCAACGUGGUCAGUCACGUUCACGUUUGAGAGCGACAAGGGUUCUGAUUUCACUAACAUUACCCUGACUGGUGACCAACUCCGAAUUCCAGGCUUCGCCUACCAACCAGAUGCGUGCAAUCCACCCUUUUCCACCAGCGGCAGCCCCUAUCUGUUCCUCCUCGGCCAACUCUAUUUGCGCAAUUUCUAUUCUAUCUUUGACUUUGGAGGGAAAAAAGCAGAGGACUUUAACGUCCUGAUUGGUUUCGGUAACCUGAAGAAAGAAUGGAGGAUGAUAUAA